AUGCAGGAGAAGAACAGGUCCAACAAGAGAAUGGCCCCACUGUCAGACCCCAAGAAGGCUGCAGAUGUCAAUUACAAGGGGCAGUUCCACCCCAAGCCCCAGCAACAGCGGGAAGUGCCCCAUGUAGGUGGCUUCGGGUGCACACUAGCAGAGCUACGCAGCCUCAUGGAGCUCCGAGGUGCCGAGGCACUGCAGAAGAUUCAGGAAGCCUAUGGAGACGUCAGUGGGCUGUGCAGGAGGCUGAAGACCUCGCCUACUGAGGGCCUGGCAGACAACACCAAUGACUUGGAGAAACGCAGGCAGAUCUAUGGGCAGAACUUCAUCCCCCCCAAGCAGCCCAAGACCUUCCUGCAGCUGGUGUGGGAAGCCCUGCAGGAUGUGACUCUCAUCAUCUUGGAGGUGGCUGCCAUCGUCUCUCUUGGCCUCUCCUUCUAUGCACCACCAGGAGAGGAAAGUGAAGCCUGUGGCAAUGUGUCUGGUGGGGCAGAGGAUGAGGGAGAGGCUGAAGCUGGCUGGAUCGAGGGGGCUGCCAUCCUACUGUCUGUCAUCUGUGUCGUGCUGGUCACGGCCUUCAAUGACUGGAGCAAGGAAAAGCAGUUCCGAGGUCUUCAGAGUCGUAUUGAGCAGGAGCAGAAGUUUACUGUCAUCCGAAAUGGGCAGCUCCUCCAGGUCCCAGUGGCAGCACUGGUGGUGGGGGACAUUGCCCAGGUCAAAUACGGAGACCUUCUGCCUGCCGAUGGUGUGCUCAUCCAAGGCAAUGACCUCAAGAUUGACGAGAGCUCCCUGACUGGCGAGUCGGACCAUGUGCGGAAAUCAGCAGACAAAGAUCCUAUGCUGCUCUCAGGCACUCAUGUCAUGGAAGGUUCUGGAAGAAUGGUGGUAACAGCUGUUGGUGUGAACUCCCAGACAGGCAUCAUCUUUACAUUGCUUGGAGCUGGUGGAGAGGAGGAGGAGAAGAAAGACAAAAAAGGCAAGCAGCAGGAUGGGGCGAUGGACAGUAGCCAAACCAGAGCUAAGAAGCAGGAUGGGGCUGUUGCCAUGGAAAUGCAGCCCCUGAAGAGUGCUGAGGGUGGGGAAAUGGAGGAGCGGGAAAAGAAGAAAGCCAACAUACCCAAGAAGGAGAAGUCAGUUCUGCAAGGGAAGCUAACAAAACUGGCUGUGCAGAUUGGGAAAGCAGGGUUGGUGAUGUCUGCCAUCACUGUUAUCAUCCUGGUCCUCUACUUUGUGAUUGAUACCUUCGUCAUGGAUGGCCGGGUGUGGCUGCCAGAAUGCACACCUAUCUAUGUGCAGUACUUUGUGAAGUUCUUCAUUAUCGGAGUCACUGUCUUGGUUGUGGCUGUCCCUGAGGGCCUGCCUCUUGCUGUCACUAUCUCCUUGGCUUACUCUGUCAAGAAAAUGAUGAAGGACAACAACCUGGUACGCCACCUGGAUGCCUGUGAGACCAUGGGCAAUGCCACAGCCAUCUGUUCUGACAAGACCGGCACACUCACCACCAACCGCAUGACUGAGGUCCAGUCCUACCUAGGAGACACCCACUACAAAGAAAUUCCAGCUCCCAGUGCCCUGACCCCCAAGAUCCUUGAUCUUCUGGUCCAUGCCAUCUCCAUCAACAGUGCCUACACCACCAAAAUACUACCUCCAGAGAAGGAAGGCGCUCUCCCACGCCAAGUGGGCAACAAAACCGAGUGUGCUCUGUUGGGCUUCAUCCUGGACCUGAAACGAGACUUCCAACCUGUACGCGAGCAGAUUCCAGAAGAUAAACUUUACAAAGUGUACACCUUCAACUCAGUCCGCAAGUCCAUGAGCACAGUUAUACGCAUGCCUGAUGGUGGCUUCCGCCUCUUCAGCAAGGGAGCCUCAGAGAUCUUGCUCAAAAAGUGUACCAACAUCUUAAACAGCAAUGGUGAACUCCGAGGAUUCCGUCCUCGGGACCGGGAUGACAUGGUGAAGAAGAUCAUUGAGCCUAUGGCUUGUGAUGGCCUCCGCACCAUCUGCAUUGCGUACAGGGAUUUCUCUGCAAUCCAAGAGCCCAACUGGGACAAUGAGAAUGAGGUGGUUGGCGACCUUACCUGCAUAGCUGUCGUGGGCAUCGAGGAUCCUGUGCGACCUGAGGUCCCUGAAGCCAUUCGCAAAUGCCAGCGUGCUGGCAUCACAGUCCGUAUGGUAACUGGAGACAAUAUCAACACUGCCCGGGCAAUUGCAGCUAAGUGUGGCAUCAUCCAGCCAGGUGAAGAUUUCCUGUGCCUGGAGGGGAAGGAAUUCAACAGAAGGAUUCGAAACGAGAAAGGCGAGAUAGAACAGGAGCGGCUGGACAAGGUGUGGCCCAAGCUGCGGGUGCUCGCCCGGUCAUCUCCCACUGACAAACACACUCUGGUCAAAGGCAUUAUCGACAGCACAACUGGUGAGCAGCGGCAGGUGGUGGCCGUGACUGGAGAUGGCACCAACGAUGGGCCAGCUCUUAAAAAGGCAGAUGUCGGCUUUGCCAUGGGCAUUGCAGGCACUGAUGUGGCCAAGGAGGCCUCUGACAUCAUCCUGACUGAUGACAACUUCACCAGCAUUGUCAAGGCAGUCAUGUGGGGCCGCAACGUCUACGACAGCAUUUCCAAGUUCCUGCAGUUUCAGUUGACAGUCAAUGUGGUAGCUGUGAUUGUGGCCUUCACAGGUGCCUGCAUCACUCAGGACUCUCCUCUCAAAGCUGUGCAGAUGUUGUGGGUGAACUUGAUCAUGGACACAUUUGCCUCACUUGCCCUGGCAACAGAGCCCCCAAAUGAGUCACUGCUGGGGGGGAAGCCAUAUGGCCGGGACAAGCCGCUCAUCUCACGUACCAUGAUGAAGAACAUCCUUGGCCAUGCUGUCUACCAGCUUACCAUCAUCUUUACCUUGCUGUUUGUUGGAGAGCUCUUCUUUGACAUUGACAGUGGAAGGAAUGCACCCCUGCACUCGCCACCCUCGGAGCACUAUACUAUCAUUUUCAACACCUUCGUCAUGAUGCAGCUUUUCAAUGAAAUCAAUGCUCGAAAGAUCCAUGGUGAGAGGAAUGUCUUUGAUGGCAUCUUCAGCAACCCCAUCUUCUGUACUAUUGUUCUGGGCACCUUUGGAAUUCAGAUUGUCAUCGUCCAGUUUGGUGGGAAGCCCUUCAGCUGUUCCCCACUGUCCACAGAACAGUGGCUCUGGUGCCUAUUUGUUGGUGUUGGGGAGCUGGUCUGGGGACAGGUCAUUGCCACUAUCCCCACCAGCCAGCUCAAGUGCCUGAAGGAAGCAGGGCAUGGGCCUGGGAAGGACGAGAUGACUGAUGAGGAGCUGGCCGAGGGGGAGGAGGAAAUCGACCACGCUGAGCGAGAGCUCCGCAGGGGCCAGAUCCUCUGGUUCCGGGGCCUCAACCGGAUCCAGACACAGAUGGAGGUAGUGAGUACCUUCAAGAGAAGCGGGUCAUUUCAGGGUGCUGUGCGCCGGCGGUCUUCGGUCCUCAGCCAGCUCCAUGACAUCCGGGUGGUGAAAGCAUUCCGUAGCUCGCUUUAUGAAGGCCUUGAGAAACCAGAAUCCAAGAGCUGCAUCCAUAACUUCAUGGCAACGCCCGAGUUUCUGAUCAAUGACUACACCCACAACAUCCCGCUCAUCGAUGACACGGAUGUGGAUGAGAAUGAAGAGCGCCUGAGGGCCCCACCUCCCUCACCCCCUAACCAGAACAACAAUGCCAUAGACAGCGGCAUCUACCUGACCACGCAUGCCACCAAGUCAGCUACCUCUUCAGCAUUUUCUUCUAGGCCUGAAAGCCCACUCCACAGCAUGGAAACAUCCCUCUAA